AUACAUUCGUUUCUUCAACUUUACCUUCGUAAUUUGUAUUAAUCGUAUUUGUAGGGAACCUCGUGGUUUGAAGCAGUGAGUGUUGUUGAUAUCUGCAAAAUGUUGGUUUUAUUUGAAACUGCAGCUGGAUAUGCAGUUUUUAAGCUUCAAGAUGAGAAAAAGCUGAGAGAAACAGAAAACUUGUACAAAGAAUUUGAGACUCCAGAAAAGGCAACAAAGCUAUUGAAGCUGAAACACUUCAAGAAAUUUAAUGACACAACAGAAGCAUUGGCAUCUGCCACUGCCCUUGUGGAAGGGAAAAUGAGCAAGGCUUUGAAAAAACUUAUGAAGAAAUUAGUGGACAAAGAAUGCCAGGAAGAGCUGGCUGUAGCUGAUGCUAAAUUAGGGAGUGCAAUAAAGGAAAAAUUCAAUUUGAACUGUGUAUACAACUCAAAUGUCCACGAACUAAUGCGAGGAAUCCGGUCACAGAUGAACAACCUAAUCACAGGUCUACCCGAGAAAGAGAUGUCCGCCAUGGCAUUGGGUUUAGCUCACAGUCUGUCUCGUUACAAAUUGAAGUUUAGUCCAGAUAAAGUGGACACAAUGAUUGUACAAGCCAUUUCAUUACUGGACGACCUUGACAAAGAGUUGAAUAACUAUGUAAUGAGAUGUCGGGAAUGGUAUGGAUGGCAUUUCCCAGAACUGUCAAAAAUUGUAACAGACAAUCUGGCAUAUGCUAAAAUUGUCAAGAAAAUGGGGUACAGAACAAAUGCUGCUACCACAGACUUCUCCGAGACACUUCCUGAAGAACUGGAACAAGAACUCAAACAAGCCGCUGAAAUCUCCAUGGGAACAGAAAUCUCAGAAGAAGAUAUUAUUAAUGUCACAUAUUUAUGUGAACAGGUUAUAGAAAUCACAGAUUAUAGAGGCCAGUUGUAUGAUUAUAUCAAGAACAGAAUGUUAGCAGUUGCUCCAAACCUUACUAUACUGGUCGGAGAACUUGUAGGGGCACGUUUGAUUGCUCAUGCAGGCUCAUUGCUGAAUUUGGCAAAGCAUCCUUCAUCCACGGUCCAGAUUUUAGGGGCAGAAAAAGCCUUGUUUAGGGCCCUGAAAACAAAACAUGACACGCCAAAAUAUGGUCUGAUAUAUCAUGCAUCAAUGGUUGGACAGAGUACACCAAAGAUUAAAGGAAAGGUAUCCAGAAUGUUGGCAGCUAAAUGUGCUCUAGCAAUCCGAGUAGAUGCUCUUGGUGAGGAAACUAACACAGAAAUGGGUUUGGAAGCCCGAGCUAAAUUAGAACAAAGAAUGAAAAGACUAGAAGAUAAGGCCAGAGGUAUAAGUGGUUCAGGGAAAGCACAGGCUAAAUGGGAGAAAUAUGAAAACAAAAGUGAGGUAAAAACAUACAAUGUUGGAGCAGAUUCAACAUUACCCAGAGUUCCAAAGAAAAGGAAGUUUGACGAUGAUUCGGAUGAAGAUGUUAAACCAAAAAUUCCCAAAACAGAAAUAACAGAUGAUGUAUCAUCAGAGAAAAAGAAAAAGAAGAAGAAGAAAAAGCAAGAAAAUGGAGAUUUAGAUGAUACCAUGGAUACAACAGCUAAUACAUCACAGGAAUUAGAUGCCAGUAGUAGUGCAAAGAAAAAAAAGAAGAAGAAAAAGAUUAAAGAAGAACCAUCCUCAGACUAGUAGACCAGUGACUACAUUUAAAAGUCAUG